ACAUCCGGACAAUACCUGUGCCAUCAUCAAAGGAGUCCGUCGCUUUUUCACUUUCCUGUUCAGUCCUGAAUGUUUGCAAGCAGUCAUUUAUUUUUUACCAAAUUCAUUAAUCUGAUUCCAAAAGUUCAAGUUUCCGCUGGUGUACUUCCUUGGAUAUAAUGAUAUAAUGACUCAGUCGGCAACGACGGUUCCUCCAGAUCAAGACGAAGACGAAUCCAUCAACGGCACUCCUCCGAUGCAAACCAGCAGCGUAGAAUCCAUUGGCUGCCGUAUCUGUCAAAGUGCAACGGAUAAAUUCCGUUUAAUCUCGCCAUGUCUGUGCAAAGGAACUCUCCGCUACGUGCACCGUGAAUGCCUGGAGCACUGGCUCAACCGGUCCGGACUUACACACUGUGAGCUGUGUUUACAUAGGUUUCAAACGUACACGGCACUGAGAUACGGCUGCAUGGAAUCGUUGUGCAUUUGGUAUCGUCACCCGAACAAUCGUGGUUUACUGCUGUCGGAUACACUGAUUUAUGUCGUCCUGUCAUUCAUCUGCUUCACCCUGACAAUGAUCUGCAUUCUGGUGCUACGCUUCCAGAGCAAUCACGGCAACACUCUGCAGGAGACGCUGGCCUCGACCGCCAUUGUUUGCUUUCUGCUGCUGGUGCUAAUUGUGUACCUGACAAACAUCGUCGUGCUGGCUAAGGAUCACGUCAUUCCCUGGUACCGAUGGUGGAGAUCGUCCCGGAGGAUUCGUCUAUCUGAGGUAUCUGUGGUAGAACAACCGACCAGCAAUUCCGAGAUUGUAGUGUAAUCCGGUCACUCACACAGGGGAAAAAUUACCCUUUAUCAGGCAAAAUCUCGACGUAUCACGUCAUUGCCGUUCGGACAAUGAGAUCAAAGGAAUCGUGCUGAACUUGAAUUUGUAUUCGUGUCACAUAGGAUUAACGGCACUGUCUACUGAACAUUUCAAAAUUAAAUUCUGUAAAAAAUCGUGUAGUGAAAUAGAGAAAUAUUUUUGUGAAAAUAAUA